GCGUUUCAAAAUGUGUAAAAUCGUUUUCUCUACAAUAUGUGAUCAUAACGAAGUCGAAAAAGCAGUGGGCCAAAUGCAGUGGAAAAGCGGGCCCUCCUUUUUAGCAGAGGUAGAGAACCAUGAGUACUACUACCAAAAAAAACUUCAUUGGAAUUGAUUGAGCCAUAAAAAGUUAUUGGAAAAAUAGACGCCGUGACAGAAUCAGAAAAUGGAAUUCUUUUUGGACGUUUAGAGACUUUUGCAUUUUUCUUCCGGUUGCGCAGUGGUACUAAAAUAUGUUCUAGCUGAAGUUGUUCGAAUCAAAAUGUCCAAAUACCCUUUGUGACGGAAUUUCAUCCUUUUCUGUAUAGUUUUAUUGCAGAAGCUUAAACUCAAAGGCUAAGAUAUUCAGAAAAAGAUAUUUUUAGUAGUAAUAUAUAGACUUACAUGUGCUCUUUUUGAUGCAAUUUAAAAUAAAGUUAACAAACUUGUUUAACUCAUCGAAAAGUGAUUAUAAAAACUGGUUUUCCAGAAAACCUUUUUGACUCUGAAACCUGUUCGGAUCGUCGCAACUAUCGAUUAGCGUAGUUAUGAAUUCUUUUCAAGAAAAUCUCUAGAUGAAGAAAUUGAAAUUAUAAACUUUUAAAAUUAAAAUUUUUACCUUUAAAUUUUAAUUUUUAUAAAUUUUAAAGUUGAUUUUCUUGAUCAACGUGAAAAGCCGCAUCUAAUGAUGUGACUCUCGAUUUAAUUAGGUCGAAAAUGUUUUUUGAACCUUUUGAUUUGAGGGGGGGGGGCACCGUUAGCUGGCCACGCCGUUCUGGAAAAAAUCUAAGAAAAACAAAUUUUAUAUGUUCCAAAGGGGUCCUAGAACUAAAAAAUUUUCGAUCGAAAAAACUAUUUAUUAUUAUUCAGAAUAAAACUAUCUGUUUUAUUCAGAAUUUCAUUCUGAUUCUAACCACGUAGUUAUUUCUUCCAUCAUAGCUUUGAUGGACGAAAAACUCUCUUUAUAUACACUUUCCUCGUUUCGGACUUUUUUUGGACAGAUAACUUAUCGCUUUAAAAACUUGUACGUAGGUAGAGACGAAAGAGAGAGGGAGUAUAGCAGGGCAAGUUUCGUAGAGUGUCUCUUUCAAAGAUUCGGAUUUUUAGUAAAUAAAUAUUGGUUGGCAAUUGGAAAAUUCAAAGCUUUCUUUUUCUGUUUCUAUCUGCAGGUGUGAUGAUCUGGUCAAUUGAUAUGGGUCUUGCUAGUGUUAGUGAUAAUAAAAAAGUUUUAACUAGUGUUGGAUCAGUACAUUAUGUUGCAAUCGAAGUUAUUUAUAAUCAGAUUGAUAAAACUAAAUUUACAUUUCAAAUCAAUGGUAACGCCGAUGCACGUUCUGAUUAUCGAAUUUUUACACUAAGUAAAAUUGAACAGACUGGAUCUUCUUCAUCUGCAAGUCGCGUAAAACGUGGUAGUGGUCGUAAACAAUGUUCCACGGGUACAACUGCAAUGUAUCAUGUAGGAAACUUGGUACUUGGUACAGUUUUACAAGAAGUUUAUUCUCGAUUAGUACAUAAUAAUGCAAAUCAUGAAACACGAUCAAUUACACCAAAUGAUAUAAACAAUCCAAUUGAGGAAAGUAUUGUACGUCCAAUUCGUGGUGGUCUCUUUAAUCAAGUUCGUACUGAACGUGUUGAAUUUGUUCAUGCACGUAUUCGUCCUCAGCAUUAUAGACCAAAUAACCGUGUUAAUUUUGGUGGAGGUAACACAAGUACAGAGUAUAUGAGACAACAUAUGAAUGCUCUGCCCGGCGAUGAGCGUGGCCACAUUGUUGCCAGUGUCUUCAGUGGUCCACCACAACUAUACAAUAUGUUUCCACAACACAAUAGUAUGAAUCGUAAUUAUCAUGCAUCACAUUUGCUUGUUGAUUGGCGGGAAACCGAAAAUCGAAUGCAACGACAUUUAGCUAACGGUGGUGGCGAUAUUGUAUGGAAUGUCGGAUUCAGCUACGAUAAUUUACAAACUGCACGACCAACAUCUGUUACAUAUAGUGCAACAUUUUAUGAUCGGAAUGGUAAUAUUGUAGAUAGAAUUGAAGGUACAUUGAGAAACUGCGUUGGAAAUCAAGUACUACCAAGUGGACGUACAUGUGGAUUGUAG